AUGCUCAAACUCAAGCAAGACCACUCAGAACUCGUCGUCCUCUCCGUGCUCGCGGCGGGGCCUUCCUAUGGAUACGCGAUCUCCAAAGACAUCGCCGCUCGUUCCGACGGGCACUUCAAGCUCACCGCUUCGGGGAUGUAUCCGCUGCUCACCAAGCUCGAGAAGAACGGCUUGGUCACUACAAGCUGGGAAGAAGUGAAAGCAUCAGGAUCUGAUCCCGAGUCCAACGGACGCCGGCGCAAGUGGUACACGCUGAGCGAUAAGGGACAGCGUCACCUCACCAAACGCAUCGAGCUUCAUCGUCAGCUUCAGUCGAUCCUGGAUGGUUUCGUUCAUGGAUCGAUGGGAGAGCAAGACUCGAUCACGGGCUGGCUCGAUGUGCUGACCUCGAUGCUGCCGCUCUCAGAACCACAACGCUCGCAGGUGCGUGACGAGAUCGAGGACCACCUCCGUUCUCGCGUCGACGACCUGUUGAUCACCGGGAUGAGCGAACACGAAGCCGUGCGAGUCGCCGUGGGCGAGCUCGGGGAGACGGCGGAGCUCGCACAACUCAUAACAAGCGCACACCAACGCACCACACCAAGGAGACGGAUCAUGAAUACCGCACUCAUCAUCACCGCAAUCGCCGGCAUGUCGAUCGGGGGAUACUCCCUGACGAACAACGGGAGCGGGAACAACAGCAAUAACACCAACCACGGCCUCAUCGCCGGCGCGGGAGCGGGGGGGAUUGCGUCGGUCGCUGCUGCGGAAGAUGAAUCCAGCGAUUUUGAGGUCCACUCCUUUGAAGUGAAAAACAAGAGCAUGAAAGAAGUGUUGACUUCAAUUGCCAGCACCUUCGAUCGGACUGUUGAGAUCAGCUGGGAUGUGCAGCGGAGCGAUCUGGGAGCGAUGCUCAACAUGCACUACGGGAACUUCAUUGGUGAGUACAACUUCACGCAAGCGAUCGACGCGUUCAAAUCGAUCUUCCGCGAAGAGAUCAGAGGGUACAAGCUGACGAUCACGGAUGACGCGAUCCUUUACCAGUCCUACGACGAGUUUCAGAAAGCAAAGAUCAUCAACAUGAUCUACGCGACCCCCUCAUGGAUCGGUGGUACCUCAGAGCGGCAAAACUACGCCGAAUCACUGGAGGAGCUACUCAAGGUCAAGCACGAUCUGUCCUAUGCCUCGAUCCGUGUUGUUGAUCAAGCGAUCAUCGUCGCGGCACCGCCUGAGAUUCAUACUGAACUCGGAAAGCUCGCUGCGGAACUCGACGCGAUUAUUCAGCAGCGUCGAGAACAGCAAAGCAUUGAAUGGAGAGCGGAAGAGCAGCGCAUGAAACAACGCGCUGAGCAGAGGGAGGCCGAGUUCCAGAUCGCGGUUGAUCAGCUCCAGCACGAACUGGACGCAGCACGAAAUGAACUCUUGGUUAUCAAGCAGAAGGUCCGUGUGGUCGAGAACAAAGUCCAGUCCGCUCGAAAUGUCUUCCGAGGUCAUCAGUCGGAUGAAAAACAGCAAGCGGUCAGAGAUGUCGAUCUCGUGAGUCAGCAUGCAAUGCUCGAUGAACUGAACCUGGAGCUUGACGAGGCGCAAGAACGGUACACCUACCUCCGCAAUGCGCUUCUGAGCUCUCAGUACGCACAGCUCUUUGAUGUUCUUGAAUAA